AUGAGUUUGGUUCAUAAGCUAAUGAACAUCUCACACAAGGAUGUUUUGAGUUGUUUUGUAAUGUUUCGACUUUCGAGGCAUUUUGGGAUAUUACCGUUGGCUUUUGUCCGUGUUUUCUUUUCCUUGUUGAUUGCAUUGUUGAAUAUAAUGCUCAAGGACUGCAUUGCUUUAUUCAGGCCCCCAGUUUUGGACAUAUCUGAGUUUGUACGACAGACCACAAUUGAUUUUCUUUCUGGAUUACCUCAGUGCUUUCUCCAGCCUGCUUCUGAAAAUUCUCAGCAGGAGAAAGAGUGGGGACUGUUCUUGAGUUUUCUACAGAAGAACAAGAAGGUGAAGGUUGCUAUUGCUAAAGUUGAAUUCUAUGAGUUUUACAUAGUUCCCCCUUGUGAUGGCGCCAAAUUCUGCCAUGUCCCUGUGUUAUAUCGGAUAGAGAAGAAACAACAGAGCAAAUCAAGUGUAUACAAUGAAUCAAGAGCUGAAGCUUGUAGCAGACUUGCAAGUAGUGCUGUGGGACCGAGUAAGACAUUGGAGAGAAAUUAUGUGCAAGCAGAUCCAAGUUAUUUGAAAACUCUUGGUCAAGCACAUUCAAGCUGGAUUUUUGGUGCAGUUGCCGAGCUCGUUGACAAUGCAAGAGAUGCCAAUGCAACCAUGCUGGAAAUCUCUAUCGAUAUGAUCUAUUCACAAAAGGAUGACAAAGAUAUUCCUAUGUUGUCAGUUAUCGACAAUGGCCAUGGGAUGACUCAUCAGGAGAUUGUAAGAAUGAUAUCAUUUGGGCAUUCGCAACCUGAUGCUGAUGACCCUGAUCGCAUUGGCAGAUUUGGCAUUGGAUUUAAGACUGGGGCAAUGAGACUUGGCAAGGAUGCUUUGGUUCUUACGCAGACUUCUAACUCCAGAUCGAUUGCUUUUCUUUCACAGGCAUUGAAUGAAAGAAAAGAUAAUUUGGAGAUCCCCAUUGUGAGCUACCGCAGAACAGGACAGUUUAUGGAAGUGGAUACAAGUGUCCAAACCGAGGCUUUAGUGAAGUACAAUCUGAAAGCUAUUAAAGAUUUUUCACCCUUUAAUAAGUAUCUUAUUGGUGAAAAAGCAGGCCUUUUCCAUGCGAAAGGCACAGGAACACAAAUAUACACAUGGAAUUUGGAUGAGUGGGGAUCAAAUUAUUGCCUGGAAUGGGACAAUGGGAUGAGCGGCGGGAGUUCCUUCCACCAAGGUGACAUACUCAUUCGUUCCAGACGGAUCAGAUCUCGUCCAGGCCAAAUGUCUCGAAUGGUGCCUUUGGACUAUUCACUUCGAUCUUAUCUAGAAGUCAUCUUCUUUGAUCCCCGAAUGAAGAUCUAUGUUCAAGGAUCCCUGGUUAAAAGCAGACCACUAGCAAAAUCUUUGAAUAAGACUGUUGUGGAAAAUGGUGUUAUCAUGGAAAAAUCAGUUCAGCUCACUCUUGGUCGUUGUCAAUUAGAAUGGGAGCAGGCAAAUUGUGGAAUUUUUUUGUAUUGGCAUGGCCGUUUGAUUGAGGCUUAUAAGAGAGUUGGGAGCAUGAUCCACAAUGGCGAUAAAAGUCAUGGGAUAAUUGGUGUCAUUGAUGUUACAGAUUUAAUGAAUGACGGCAACGGUCAUGUGUGGGUUCAUAGCAACAAACAAGGAUUCCAGGACUGUGAAGCAUAUGCUCUAUUGGAGGAGUGGCUGGGUAAUAGAUCAGAUGAAUACUUGGACAAAUAUGUUGAUAAGAUUCAGUUGAUAAAAGGUAAUGCUCUCCACAAACCUGAUCAUGAGUGGGUGCAAUGUGACAAAUGCAGGAAGUGGCGGAUGUUGACCCCUGGCUUCGACAGCAAGAUGUUACCCCAAGAAUGGUUCUGUUAUAUGAAGCCUUUCAGUGGAAAAUGUGAAAUGCCUGAACAAAAGGUUGGACGUGGAGUGAUCACAGUAUCUGCAAAGCGUUCUCAAUGUGAUCCCAUGGAGAAUCCAUCGAAGUUAAUAGAAGGGCUUCUUGAAAAUGCCAAUUCCACAUCUGAAGAUAGUAAUGGUGACGCUUCAAGUCAGACUGUGGAAGAUGAUGUUCUGCCACCCUUGAAGAGGCUUAGAAGAGGACCUCCAAGGGAUUGUAAACAGAAAUUAUAGUGUAGGAAAUUCCUGUUUAUCGUGUGUGCAUGUAUGUUUGUCAAUUCUCAUCUCGUUUCUUCUAAUCCUAUGAAAUCUUCUUUUUGAGCUACAUGAUACUCUCCUCUCUUGCCUGCCAUCUCUUUUGUAUAUAGGUUGAAAAGAUGUAGAUGAAUUCCUGGAUCACCCGAAAAGAAUGUGGAGAAAAACCUAAAAAUCUAAUGAUUCUGUAUACUUGUAACUAAGAGGUGAUGCUGUUUACUACUAAAAUCGCAGGUUCUGUAACAGUUGUGUUCUUCUAUGCAAGACUGAAGACUUUUUGAAUAGGUUGUGGACCAUGAUUGAGAUUUUGG